CACAGCUGAGUGUGGACGAAAGUGAGCGGAGGACAGAGGAGAGAAUAACUGUUUCCGUGCGCAACUAGCAGGGAGAGAUGAGUGGUCACACAUGCUGCUUUCGCCUUUAGCCUCUGCAGUUCAGGACACGGAUGGUAACCUACGACCCAAAUCUCAAUCUACAUAGCCGUACUGGAAGUGCAUAUGAGUUGGACUGAUAUUUAGCAGCCUAUUACGUUGCAUCCCUAUCCGUUUCCUCCUCCACUGACGUCCAUCCGCUGUAAAAGCAGGAAAAAAACUUUGAUUAUACAUUUUACUGCACGGGGAAGCAUUUGCCUCUGGCUUUACCGGUAAGCAUUGGAUCCGUCAACCUACUGCGACUCUCCGGUGUACAGCCCGGACCUCUGCCCAAACAUGAUUGCGACGCAGGCAAAGCUGGUUUACCAGCUAAACAAAUAUUACAACGAGAGAUGCCAAACUCGCAAAGCGGCCAUUGCGAAGACCAUCAGGGAGGUUUGUAAAGUGGUGUCGGAUGUCCUGAAAGAGGUGGAAGUGCAGGAGCCCCGUUUUAUCAGCUCUCUCAGUGAGAUAGAGGCGCGCUAUGAGGGGAUGGAGGUCAUCGCCCCCAAUGAGUUUGAGGUGGUGCUGUACCUAAACCAAAUGGGGGUGUUCAACUUUGUGGACGACGGCUCCUUGCCCGGCUGCGCGGUGCUGAAGCUGAGUGACGGCCGUAAAAGGAGCAUGUCACUGUGGGUCGAGUUCAUCACUGCCUCGGGCUACCUGUCAGCCAGAAAAAUCCGCUCCAGGUUUCAGACUCUGGUAGCACAGGCCGUGGAUAAAUGCAGCUACCGCGACGUGGUUAAAAUGGUAGCGGAUACCAGCGAGGUCAAACUACGGAUAAGGGAGAGGUACGUGGUGCAGAUUACUCCCGCGUUCAAGUGCACUGGGAUUUGGCCUAGGAGCGCAGCUCAGUGGCCCAUGCCCCACAUCCCCUGGCCUGGUCCUAACCGGGUAGCCGAAGUCAAAGCCGAGGGCUUCAACCUCCUCUCCAAAGAGUGCUACUCGUUAACAGGGAAGCAGAGCUCCGCCGAGAGCGACGCCUGGGUUUUGCAGUUCAGCGAGGCCGAGAAUAGGCUGCUGAUGGCCGGCUGCAGGAAGAAGUGUCUGUCCAUCCUGAAGACUCUGAGGGACCGUCACCUGGAGCUACCGGGUCAGCCUCUAAACAACUACCACAUGAAGACCUUGCUGCUGUACGAGUGCGAGAAACAUCCGAGAGAGACCGACUGGGACGAGUCUUGCCUCGGAGACCGACUCAACGGCAUCCUGCUGCAGCUCAUCUCCUGUCUGCAAUGUCGCAGAUGUCCCCAUUACUUCUUGCCAAACUUGGACUUGUUUCAGGGAAAGCCUCAUUCAGCCCUCGAGGCUGCUGCCAAGCAGACAUGGAGACUAGCGAGGGAAAUCCUCACCAAUGCUAAAAGUUUGGACAAAUUAUAAAUUGACUGUUGAAAUAGUACCGAGGGACAUUUGGGAUAACACUUCAAAGAGGAGGGGAAGGUGAUUCUCCAACUGAUUCUCCAAGCAAUGUGAAAAAAAAUCAGAAACAAAAUAAUGAAGCGAGCAAACAGCAAGAAAAUCUUUUUACAAAAUGGAGCAAUUGGGCCAUUGCCAGAGAAAGUGAAGGUACAUUUUCAGCUCAAUGUCAACUUUUAGUUGUCUUGUUUUAAAUGUUUUCACAAAGUGAAGAAACUUUUAUUUAAAUAUAUGCACAAAAUCGUUAAGUGAAAAGAAUAAAAUGUAGCGUGCCAAGUUCAAAUUUUUCAUUAUGUGACUUAAAUGAAAUGU